GGCAACUAGGGGGGAAAAACCAGUGUCUUCAGAACUUCCAGAGAGAGUGGCUGAGUUAGUCUGUUGCAGCAAAAAACAAUAACCCCAAACCCGACAGUCUUGUGGCACUUUGAGAAGACGGGCAUAUUUAUUGUAGAAUAAGCUUUUGCGGAAGAGAGCCCACUUCCUCUACUGCUUGAAGGGUUAUCCUUAGCUGGCAUAUCUAAAUGGGGUUGCAGAAGAAGAAGGGUGUGAUCAUCGAGGUAGUUUUACAGUGCUUUGCCCUCACAGAAUCCAUGCAGCCCCAAAGUAAUGAGGCUGAAGAUUUCAGAACAGAUGUUGGAAGAUGUUGGCGGUGGACAAAGGGAUCGUAGAAGAAUGGUUAUCGGAAUACAAGACAGUGCCAGAAGCAUCUAUACCAAGCUAUGCUAAAAAUCUGAAAGACAAGAGUUCUCUGGUUUCAUCUCUUUAUAAAGUUAUUCAGGAUCCACAAAGUGAGCUGCUAGAACCAGUCUGUCAUCAGCUGUUUGAAUUUUAUCGUAGUAGUGAGGAACUUCUGCUUCAGUUCACGCUGCAGUUUCUUCCAGAACUGAUAUGGUGCUAUCUUGCUGUUUCUGCCAGUAAGGACCUACAAAGCAGUGGCUGCAUAGAAGCACUUCUCUUAGGAGUUUAUAACUUGGAAAUAGUUGACAAAGAGGGGCACAGUAGGGUAUUAAGUUUUACAAUUCCAUCCUUAUCCAAACCUUCCAUAUAUCAUGAACCUUCCAGUAUUGGGUCAAUGGCUCUUACUGAGGGUGCUCUAUCUCAGCAUGGCUUAUCCAGGGUUGUGUAUAGCGGACCUCAUUUGCAGAGAGAGAUGUUAACAGCACAAAACAGGUUUGAAGUAUUGACAUUCCUUUUGUUGCGUUACAAUGCUGCCUUAAGCUAUAUGCCUGCAGUUUCUCUUCAAUCUUUAUGUCAAAUCUGCUCAAGAAUCUGUGUUUGCGGAUAUCCUCGUCAACAAGUAAGGAAAUACAAAGGCAUAAACAGCAGGAUUCCAAUUUCGUCUGAAUUCAUGGUGCAGAUGUUAACUGGGAUUUAUUAUGCUUUUUAUAAUGGAGAAUGGGAUCUAGCUCGUAAAGCAAUGGAUGAUAUUUUAUAUAGAGCACAACUGGAGUUAUAUCCAGAACCACUGUUGGUUGCUAAUGCAAUAAAAGCUUCAUUGCCUCAGGGUGCCAUAAAAUCUAAUAAAGAAGGUACAAAAUGUAUUCAGGUUGAAAUUACACCUACUGCAUCUAGAAUAUCAAGAAAUGCAGUGACCAGCAUGUCUAUUCGGGGCCAUAGAUGGAAAAGGCAUGGUAAUGAACUAGGCAUUCCAGAAGAAGAACUGAUUGAAGUGUCUGAAGUUGAUGAGGGUUUUUACUCUAGGGCUCCUUCCACCACAAAUCAUUCUGCUUUCAGCAGCAACAGCAGUACCAAGACUCAGCUAAGCAAGAGUCAGCGGAGGUCUGGAGGAAGCAAGGUUGGAGGAAAGGAAAAAGAAACUGUUGGUGAAGCCUACAAAGAUCACCUGUCUCGUAAACAAAACCAGCGAGCAAUGAGUGAGAAUUUAGAGCUUCUGUCUUUAAAGAGACUGACCCUGACUAGCAGCCAAUCUCUGCCUAAGCCAGGCAGUCAUAGUUUGGCUAGAACUAGCACUACUCUUUUUAGCAAAUCCUUUGAGCAGGUCAGUGGUGGUGUAGUUCCAAAUAAUCACCACAGUGGCACAGAAGCAAACAGAUUUUCAGUCUGUAGUCUGCAAGAGGAGAAUCUGAUUUUUGGAGCCGACAGAAUAGAACUUCCUAUUUCAAGCAAACAGCCAAAUCAGCAACGACCACCUACUAUCAGCAUAACUUUGUCAGCAGACUAAGGAGCACCUGACUAAUUUGUCAGUAUAAAAGAGAUUCAGUUGCUAGUACUAUAGCCCUGAUACCCUUUUUUAAAAAAAAAAUCUUUGGAGAUAUCUUUAAAGAUUUUCUUAGUUGAAAAUAAUGUCUAAAUUGCAAAUUUUAAGGAUUGCAGUGUUUAAAAAGAAUAGGGUAGACAAUUCUAAGUAUUUUAUAAUAAUAAUGUCACAGUCUUUGAGAUUCUUAAUUUGAGGAUUGACAUUUGUAAUGGUACUACAAUAAGGUUUGUACUGAAAAUCUAAUACAUGAUGAACCUGUACCAGGGAAAUUUUUAAAAUAUGGGUUGUGCUGCUUGUGCAAGCUUCAGUUACAUGUUUUUGGUGAACAAUGGAUUGCAAUCCAGAAUAUAUGUGCCAUUUUACUACAAGAGGAUGAUGCUUUUUUUAUAUUCAUCAAAGCAAUUUUAGGAGUCCACUCAAUGCAGUAGCUUGUAAUGAAAAAAAAACAUAUUUGGAAAUAAAUCAGAAUUCUGGAUAGAGGUCAUUGUGUUAAGUUUGAAACAUUGAAAUCUAUGUUUUCUGGUUUCUGAAGUCACCUGCAACAAACAUUUUUCAAAAUAUAGUGUGUAUAUCUGAUCCAUAGAGGCGGAAAUGAAGCUUUGUAUCUUUUUAGGCACACUAGCCCUAUUCUUGUAUUUAAAACACAUGCAAAGAUCCAAGAUUUGUGCUGAGCUGCCCCCUGGUGUGUUUGACCCAGCUGCUAUUCACCUGUUGAAUGCCACAUGUGUAUGCGGACUUAAAUACAUGGAGCUCAAUUCUUGUAUUGUCCUAUCUGUACACCUUGAUUGUGGUGGUACACAGAUCAGUAUAUUGUGCAUGUACAUCUCUACCUACGUAAGCUUGAAAUGCAGUGCACAAGCAAGCAUGAAGCAGGAUGGUGUGACCCUAAUUCUUCCCAUUUCAUGUGCAUUUCAAACAUCAGCACAGGGCAGCUUUUUUCAGGGCAGCUUUUUUACACGACAGGUGAAUUCAUAAAGCAACAAACUUUCCUUCCCUAUUCAGAGCCUGUAAAUCAACACAAGAAACAUUGGUUUCCAGUUUCUACUGAGUUGUUAGGUUUGAACAAAAUCAUGCAUCUUGAAGGUUUCAGAAGCUUUAAUAUUUCCAUUAAACUAAAGUAUGGCAGUAGAUUAGCUGUUUAUAUCGUCACUCAUUUCUUGCAUUAAGCCAGUCUUAUGAGUUGCAUCUCAUUAAAAUGGUGAGCCUUAUUUAUAUGGGUAGUGGGCUGUGUUGGAACAGAUGUACCCAUUAAAUAUUUUGGAAGGGCAAAUUAAUAUUUGUUUUUGUUUACCUGAAAGUAUAAAAUGACAAACCUGAUAUUGGUACAAUGAUUUUUUAAAAUGAUCUUGUUACAGACUUCAAGGCCAUUUCCAUGGGCUUCUGUGAAAGGUGUUUCUGUUCAUGGGGGUAUGCUGCACUCCCCCCCCCAACUAGAUUCAGAUGGACUUUUUGGAGAUUGUUGGUUGGAUGUGAGAGUGGGAAGGGAGGAAUCAAUGGCACACCACAGUGUAAGCUGGAGUGCCUUGUGUUUGUUUAUGGAAUCUGGCUCCAAGGUGUAAUCUAAAAGUGUAACAAUAGUUGUACCUAUGUGUCCUCCCAUCCCCUCUAGUUAGUAUUAAAUUUCAGCUGAAGUACAUUUCAACUCAGAACUGCAUAAUAGUAUAUAAUUUGGUUCUCUUGUGCUUCAUUAGCUUUAUGCUUUAGGUCACAAGCAGCUGAAAACCUUGUGAACAUAAGGACUGGAUAUAAAGUAAGAAUAUUAGUUAGAUCAAACUUAAAUAAGUUCCAUUGAUUUCAAUGGGUAUCGUUGGAAAUUGUACCAUCAAUUCAAAGGGAUUCUCUUCAUUUCUAGAAAUCUAAUUUCUCUAAGCAAAAUUAGCAGCUUUUAUCUAACUGAACUAGACAGUUUCAAAAAAAAUCUUUUUCCCCCUCAACAGAAUGAAAUU